GCCGCCCUGCCAUCAAUGGCCGCCGAUUCGGGUCUCGCUGUUCGCAGCCGCGCCUCGGGACGGGGCGGUCCUAGAAUCUAAUCUAGAUGUUUGGUGGCUGCGGGGAAUGUUCCCUCGCUCGUCGCCAGCGGAUUCGGUAAUUGUGGCCGUACGUACGGGGUGUGAUGGGAGAAAAGUGUUUCGGUAAUUGUGUGUGGCUCACUUGUUGAAUCCCGCGCCGCGCCUGCCAUCUUCAAUCGCCUCGCGGAUUUGUCGAGAUGCGGGUUUCGAUGGAUCAUCACCACCGCGCCUGCUGGGCCGCUUGCUGCUCGCUCCUUCGUGAUUCCUGGCAUUUUUCGCUUGCUCCUCCUAUCCUGUACGGUCUCUAACAGAUUCUCUCGGCUUCAUUGUUGUUUUCUAGUAUUCUGCUUGCGAGGCGCAAUUGAUAAGUCUAGAUGUCCGUACUGGCUAGUAUAUUUCUCUAGUCUCUACUACAUGGUAUUUUAUUUGGGGAAUAUUUGUUGAAAUGCUGGUACGGGGGGCAGAAAACAAAGGAAGAAUCAGGGGGUUGUUAGAUUGGAUUGGAGCCUUCGCCACAUAUUUUAACUCCCAAAUCCGUUGGGAUAUGAUUCUUUUUCGGGCCUCUUUGUUUCUUUCCACUUUUUGCUGGAGCCGCCGAUCUUGAUGUCUCACCAAGAGCACCAUCUCGGUUAUCCAUUUCAUCGGCCGUGUCUCUCGACCGGGGGCCUCGUCGUGCAAACAAGAUCUGCCUAGUUGUCUGUCUAUGUGUUUCAGUUGAUCUAAGCUGGUGCAGCUGCGAAACAAUGGCAACAUCCAAGAAGGAUCCCCCAAAUCCCAGCAGAGGCGGGAUGUCACCCAACCUCAGGCCAUCCAGCAGCGAGUCUUCCGGGUACGGAUAUGGUGCUAGGCGGGCGCGGUCUGUCCCAAGCUCCCCAGACCGCAAAUUUGGCACCUCGGCAUCAUCGGUGGCGGCCUCUGGCUCCCCAGAUGUGCAGCGUCCGUCGUUGUCCAGUGCUGGCCGGUCACGGACCAUGGGCUCAUCCAUCCGUGGCAGCAGGACACAGCCAUUCCCUGUUGCAGUCUCUAAGCCUACCCUGUCAAGGGCGAAAUCCGACAAGGUGAGCACCAGCUCGCAGAGGCCUCCAGCGCUUGCUAUUCCGCCAAGCAACUCCUUCAAGGACAUGAUCAAGACUGCACCUAAGGUGUCACCAUCCACCUUGCUGAGGAGUAAGACCUCUCCAAGGCCUAUUGCUGACAGUUGCAAGGCGGGGGCAUCUCCGAAACCCAGCAGCCAGAGGGUGGCAUCGCCUGGUGCUGCUCGAGUAGACAGAGUUCAGCCUGUGUCCAUUGCACGGUCACCUGGUGCCGCCGCAAAGAAGAGAUUGGAUACUGUUAGUGGUGCUACUGCCAGCUCAAAGGCUAAAAGUGUUUCCCAGAAGACAAUGGGGCCAUCUGCAAGCAGGAAAGAGAAAGAUAAGGAUCGAUCAAUGCAGUUCAAGGAAACUGAGAGCAUAAACACCCCGUCCAUAGAUGAGCACUUGCAUGAGGAGCUCCCUGAUCCAGUCGAUCUGAAAUCCAUGGAUGUGACUGUACCUGAUCAGCAUGAGCCACCUUCCAAUCAGCCAGAACAAGUCAAAGACGCAGAGGAAUCCAAGGGACACUCCUAUGAAGAGGAAGUAGAUGCAGGCGCUAAUGAGAUGCAUAAUGGAGGGCAAGAUGCCAAUGGCAGUGUUAAAACUAUAUAUGAAUGUGGGCUUGUUGAGAAGGCGGUGGCUGAUCGGAGUGUGGACCAAGCAUUGCCAUGGACCGAAGUGGCUCAGGCCUGGAGGAAGGAUGAUCCCAAGGGUAAUGAUAUGAUCGAGGAAACCAAAAGCAAGCUACUGGAGGAGAGGAAGAGCAGGGUGAAGGCGUUGGUGGGGGCCUUUGAGACGGUCUUGUCAUUCAAGGAAUAGUGCUCAACUUCGCCGUCGGAUCCGUUCUAUCCUUCUCAAUGUUGACUACAUCCUUUCAUGAAUAUAUAAGUGAUCACGAGGAGCUGAGUGUUUAUAUGAUGAUUUCCUUGGUUCAUUGUACUUGCUGUUAUACUUUUUUUUUUGUCUGAAUGAUCGUUGCUUUUAUUGAUGUAGAAUUGAAUUAAAUACUGGUGCCUUAUCGAGAGAACAUUUGGAUUCUGUGAGGAGUAUUCAUAUAUGCAUUCUUUUUUGUUAUCUUGUAAAA